AUGCGGAAGACAACUUCUAAGGUUGUUUGUAAUUUUCUUAAAGAAAAUAUUCUGGUUCGAUUUGGAGCUCCUCAGAACAUUGUGGCUAAUAAUGCAACCAACUUCUCUUCUGUUGAGAUUUCAUUAUUUUGUUAUGAUCAUGUGAUAUCUCUUGCCUACUCUUCAGAUUAUUAUCCUCAGGGUAAUGACCAGGCAGAGUCAAGUAAUAAAAAUCUUAUAAAUAUUAUGAAGAAGUUGGUGAGUGAAAAUUUUAAAGACUGGCACAAAAGACUGUAUGAAGCUCUCUGGGAAGAUCUCACAUCUCCAAAAAGAGCUAUAGGGAUGUCACCUUUUGAACUAGUAUAUGGAAUGGGGGUUCAAGUGUCACUUCCCUUAGAACUUGUAGCUUCAAAGUUACAGACUGUUAUUGAUGAUGUACAUUUUCAAGAUUCUCUGAAGAAGAGGAUUAUGCAUUUGAUGAGGAUUGAUGAAGAAAGAGAUAAAUUGGUUGAUCGGAUUAUAGAACAUCAAAUGAGGGUCAAGAAAAUAUUUGAUAGGAGACCCAGACCACAAAAAUUCAUGUUGGGUCAUUAG